CGGGAGAGUCCUCCUGCUGCAAUGAGGUGAGCUUUCGGCCAUUCUCCCCCUUCAGCCGCCUCCACCAUCUCCUCCUUCACCUCUUCCUCCACCUCCCCUGCCUCCUCCUCCUCUUCCUCGCUCUUCUCCUCCACCUCCUCAUCUUCUUCUUCAUCCUCCUCAUCGUCCUCCUCUUCCUCUUCCUCCUCCUCCUCUUCUUCUACUUCUUCUUCCUCUUCUUCCUCGUCCUCUUCCUCCUCCUCCUCCUCCUCCUCCUCCUCUUCGUCCUCCACCUCCUCAUCUUCUUCUUUUCCCUCCUCCUCCUCCUCCUCCUCCUCUUCCUCCUCCACCUCCUCAUCUUCUUUUUUUCCCUCCUCCUCCUCCUCCUCCUCCUCCUCCUCUUCCUCCUCGUCCUCCUCUUCCUCCUUGUCCUCCUCUUCCUCCUCCUCAUCGUCUUGUAGUUCUUCUCUUCUUCCUCCUCCUCCUCCUCAGUUGCUACAUGCCCAGGAGCAGUCGUGUAUCUACCCUGCACAAGUGCUAUGUAGAAGGCGACGAGGAGGAGGAAGAGGACGAGGAGGAAGAGGAGGAGGAGAAGGAGGAGGAGGACAAGGAGGAGGAGGAGAAGGAAGAAGACGAAGUAGAAGACGAGGAGGAGGAGGAAGAGGAAGUGGAAGGGGGGGAGAAGGAUGAAGAAGAGGAUGCGGAAAACGAGGAAGAGAAGGAGGAAGAGGAGCAGGAGGAGCAGGAGGAGCAGGAGGAGGAGGAGGAGGAGGAGGAGGAGGAGGAGGCGGAGGAGGCGGAGGAGGAGGCGGAGGAGGAGGAGAAGGAGGAGGAGAAAGAAGGAGGAAGGAGGACGAGGAGAAGGAGAAAGGAGGAGGAAGGAGGAGGAUCGCCAAGGAGGAAGCGGAGGAGGAAGAGGAGGACGAGGAUGAAGGAGGAUCGCCGAGGAGGAGGAGGAGGAGGAGGAGGAGGACGAGGAGGAGGAUCGCCGAGGAGGAGGAGGAGGAGGAGGAGAAAGAAGGAGGAAAGAGGAGGAUCGCCGAUGAAGGGGAAGGAGGAUCGUCGAGGAGGAGGAGGAAGGAGGAGGAGGCAGAGGCGGCGGAGGAGGAGGAGACGGGGGAGGAAGACGAGGCAGAGGAGGAGGAAGAGGAGGAGGAAAAGGGGGGGAGGGGCGGCGCCGAGUCAGGGGAGUGGAAGGCCGACUGUGUCACGAAAAAAAAAGAAAAAGUUGGUCCGGGAGGAGGAGGAUCGUCGAGGAGGAGGAAGGAGGAUCAUCGAGGAGGAGGAGGAAGGAGGAGGCGGAGGAGGAGGAGAAGACGGCGGAGGAGGAGGAGGAGGCGGACAAGCAGGAGGAGGAGGAGGAGGAGGAAGAUGAGGUAGAGGAGGAAGAUGUACAUUGGUCUUCGAGAGUCGAAGUGAGCCUUUUGCGUGAGCACGGCAUUAGGUAGGAUAGUCGAGGACGGUAGGGUGGGUGUUGGGCGCUGGACAGAGAGGAGCGACUUUGGAUACUGUGUUGGUGUGGCAUGAGGGUUGAACAUUGGCUCAUUACUUCAUUGUAUUGCUCUAGUUCGAUGGAUGCUUGGUGCAAUUAUGCUCUUUGCUUGUACACGAUAUCUGUGUCAUUUCGCAACUAGGCUUUCUGAGUAUCGUUCACACUCAUAUUCCUUGCAUAUCAAUCAAUCAAUCAAUCAAUCAAUCAAUCAAUCAAUCAAUCAAUCAAUCAAUCAAUCAGUCAAUCAAUCAAUCAAUCAAAUUGAAUCAA